AGAAAAGAAACCAUCUUUUUCAUCUGCUUGUUUGUUUUGCCUAUUCUCUGAUUCAUUUGAUUUGUUUAAUAUUUUACAAAAUUGAAAUAAAAUAUUAAGAAACUGAGAAGAUGGGCACAUCCGAACCCAAUUUGGAAGAUUUUUUUGAAGAGAAGAACCGAGUUAGGAAUCCUCUUGUACCCAUCGGUGCACUCGUAACAGCAGGAGUACUCACAGCUGGUUUAUUCAGUUUCAGGCAAGGAAAUUCUCAUCUGGGUCAGAUUUUAAUGAGAGCAAGGGUGGUCGUCCAAGGUGCUACGGUGGCACUUAUGGUCGGCACCGCUCAUUACUACGGAGAUACCCCUUGGACAAAGCCAAAUUGAGCCUCUAAAUCAGAUUCUGACUCUUUGAACUUAGUAUACUUUCAUUAUACCUGUUUUCUUGUAGUAAAGGUCAUCUUUAAUGGCAACAUAAUGUGUUGUUUUGCUAAGUUCAGCUAUUUUUAUUCAUAGCUUGUAUUGAUUUUAUUUUUAUUCUGAAUAAAUCAACAGUUUGUAAGUGUUUAUUCUGUCGAAGCUAUUAAAUCGUGCAGGCUUAUAUAUGUA